AUUGAAGAAUGAAUUAUCAAAACAUAAAUAUAAACAAAUAAUCGGAUCCUACAGCAGGAAUUUCGCUUUUUGCUAAAAUUUCUUAAAAAAUGAGUUUCAAUGCAUUUGACUUGGUUUCUGUUAUAGAUCGUGUUCAGUUGAUGGGUGAUAAAGCAAAGACAACGGUGCAAUGUUUGGAUUGUGCAGCUCAAAAUUUGUUUGUUGGAACUGGUGACAGUUUGAUUAUUCACUACAUCAUAGCAGAUGAUGUCUCACCAUCUGGGAAACCUGUGUUUGAAUAUAGUUUACAAGGAUACAAAUCACUAUCUUUGAAGAAACCCGUACAACAAUUACUCACAGCAGCAGCAAUAAACCGACUGCUGGUCCUUUGUGAUGGUGUCUUGUUCCUGCUCAGUAUUAUGGGCUUGGAGAUGAUAAUUUCUGGAUACAAAGACAAACUGAAAGGCGCUACCUGUAUUGCACGCAAUGACAAUCCUUCAUCAUUUGAUCCAUUCGCAGUAGAGGUUUGCGUUGGAACACGAAAGAAAGCAAUCUACAUAGCUAUGAUAACAGAAGACAAUAUCUACACAACGCGAGAAAUAACGCUCAACGAACCUCCGAUUCAAAUGAAUUUUAACGGGAACACAGUUUGCGUUGCUUUAUCAAAUGUUUACUGUAACAUCGACAUACCCACAAGCAAAGUGCAAGAACUAAUUAGUUAUGAACCUCAAAAUAAACCAAUAAUCACAAGAAUUACCACGGAGGAAUUCUUGUUGAGUGGACCAACGGACAUCUUAGGAAUGUUUGUGACAUCACAGGGAACCUCGUUAAGGCCACCAUUGAGUUGGACUGAUGGUCUUGUUGCUCUUGGGUACUCUUUUCCCUACGUUAUUGCUGUUGGUCGUGCAUCUAUCACAGUUUAUAGUAUUUUGGAAUCUGAUAAAAACUCCAUAAAAGAAGUCAUACCUUUUCAGGCAGGCUGUCUUACUUGUAGUGUUGAAAAUAAAGUGUUCAUAUGUACAGAAAAGUCUGUCUUCUGUCUCGUCCAGAUAACUUUUAAAAAACAAAUCGAAAAUUUACUUAAAACAAAAAAGGUUGAGGAAGCAAUACGACUUGCUAAAGUAGCGAUGCAGACAGAGUUGGGAAGUUCUAGAGAUAAACACUUGUUAUCCCGAACACAACAAGAAGCUGGUUUGAUAUAUUUAAUGGAGGGUAAAUACACUCAAGCUUUAGAGUUGAUGCAUCAGGGAAACGUUGAUGUAAGAGAGCUGAUUGCAAUAUUUUCUGAGUUGCGUUGCAGCAAUUCUCUCUUCAAACCUCAAAUACCUGGAAUAGAUAAAAUAAGACAGCUAAUUAGUACAGACGCCGAUAUGGAAAAGAAGAUAAAAAUUUUCGUCUUAGAAUACUUAGAAGAAAGUAAAGGAUCUGAAAAAGUUUAUAAUCUUAUCAAAGAAGAAAUUGACACGGCAUUGUUGAAACUUUACGCGGAAGAAAAUUCGCCCAUUUUACAAGAUCUUAUAUGUAACGAGAACGCAUGCGCGUACGAAGAUAGUGUAGACUGUUUACAGAAACAUAAGCGUUUUCAUUGUCUUGCUUUGUUGCAUAAAUCAUGCCAUUACGAAGAAAAAGCUCUUCAACUGUGGACUAGAUUAGUCGAUAAAGAAUUAGAAGAUCCGAAUUUUCCUGGCAUAGAAACGAUCAUAAAAUGUUUGACGAGUAUUGAAAACGAGGAAUUAAUUUGGCGUUAUGUUCCAUGGAUAAUGAAAAAAGAUCAAUCUUUGGCAGUCAGGAUAUUUUGUGGAAGAAGUCCUGAUGACACUUCAAAAAAACUACAAAUAGACUACGUCAUGGAAUAUUUCAGCAAAUUUCCUAAGGCUCUUCAGAAGUACCUUGAAUAUUUAGUUUAUGAUAGAAAAUUACAGAAUGAAAGGUAUCAUAGUCGUCUAGCGAUAUUAUACUUAGAUGAAGUUCUAACUUUAAUAAGGGAAACAAACGCUUCAAAAGAUGACAUAGACAAGGCAAGGCUUGCUUUCCGAUCAUUGUUGAAAUUUUCUUCACUUUACAAUGCUUCGCUGUUGCUUUCAAAAAUUUCUGAAGAUAGUGGAUUGGAUCUAGAAUCAGCCAUUUUGUAUGGCAGGCUAGAGCAUCAUGAAAAAGCUUUGAAAAUUUACGUUCAUCGAUUACAAGACUAUGAAGGUGCCGUGACUUACUGUGAGUUUUAUUCCAAGAAUCGCGAAACGGCUUAUCGAAAGAGAUUGUUUCAUCAACUCCUUACUGUGUAUUUGAACACGAACAGCAGCGCACGGAGUAAUGAUCAUGUUGUGGCCGCUGUUAGGUUACUUAACUCACAUAUCCGAGAUUUUGAACCGAUUAAGGUGAUAGAGAUAAUUCCAGAUGAAUGGUCUGUAAGAUUAAUUUCACCGUUCCUUCUCGGUCUAUCACGUGAAAGUCUUCACGCCAGUAGAAAUAGUCAAGUUCAAAAAAACCUUAGGAGAGCUGAAAAUAUCAAAGCAAAGAAAGGUUACAUUAAAUGCACUAGGAAACCAGUAACAAUAACUGACGAAACUUAUUGUCGUGUUUGCCGCCGUACCUUCAACGAUAGCAAUAUGGCAAGAUAUCCCAAUAACAUUAUAACACAUGUUCAUUGCGCAAAACACAAAACACUAUGUCCUGUAACUGGGCAAAUGUUUCCAAUGAACGAAGAUCUUUGAUAACAAAAUGAUUUAUCGAAGGCACUCGACUACUGCUGUACUUUGUUGCUCAUUGUACUGUUAAUAGGUUAAAUAAUAUCGCAGAACUUAAUAUUGGUAAAGCAUGAUAGAGAUGGGCAACUGAAUUUAUUUUAGUUGUGUAUACUGACUCUAAAUAAUAUUGUCAUGUUAUAAUAUACAUGUAGCUAUAUUGUACACAUCAAUAUAUCGACGUAUAUGACUGUUCUUUGAAUGAGGGAAAUUAAGUUGUGAAUUUUUGUGGUUGUCUAAUCUUAAUAUCACGAAAAAUUAAUUUUUUUAUGCAAUAAUGUAAAUAUUUAUCCACUCUCCAUCAAUUUGAUAUAACAUUAAUGAAACAUUUAUUCGUCAAA